AUGAGUCACCCGACACCGCGCUCCAAAAAUAAAUACCGCCGUCUGGCCCCGCCCUCCUCCUUUCUGAUUGAGUUUCCAAAGUUGCCACGAAAGCAGAGCGGGAUGAUGUGGAGGUUGGCUGGCUGCAUCUUCUGCGUGUUUCUGUCCUGGCCGCUCGGUUCGGGGCCCUCAGGGGCCGCAGCGGGGGCCCCAGAGGAGGCCCCGGAGGAGCAGGUCCGGAUCGAGGUUCUGUUCAAGCCGGAGGAGUGCGGCAGGAGGAGCAGGAAAGGAGAUCUGAUCAACGCUCAUUAUGACGGCUACCUGGCGGAGGAUGGCUCCAAGUUCUACUGCAGCCGCCACGACAAAGAGGGCCACCCGCAGUGGUUCGUCCUGGGCGUGGGGCAGGUCAUCAAAGGCCUGGACAUCGGCAUGAUGGACAUGUGCGCCGGAGAGAAGAGGAAGCUGACGGUUCCGUCGACUCUGGCGUUCGGAACUACAGGAAAAGGUCCGGUUCCUCCUAAUGCCACCGUGGUCUUCGAGGUGGAGGUGUUCUCCGUGUCCAGAGGGCCUCGCAGCAUGGAGGCCUUCCAGCAGAUGGACCUGGACAAGGACAGAAGUCUGGAUAAGGCUGAGGUGAAAGAGUACCUGAAGCUGGAGUACGAGAAGGGCGGGAAGCCUCGGGAGGAGCCGUUCUACGAGAAGCUCCUCACCGACAUCUUCUGGAAGAGCGACCAGGACGGCGACGGCCUGAUCAGCGCCAAGGAGUACAACAUCUACGAGCGGGACGAGCUCUGAAGCUCCGCCUGCUUCUGGGGAGAGAGAACUGGGUGAAGUGGAACCAGCCCGGCGCCGCCGGGUUCCGGACUGAUCCAAACGUCUUCCUCUGAUCCCUGAUUAAUCCUCCGUCUCUCUGCCGUCUCAUCCAAUCAAUGCAGAGACUGAAAACUGUGAUUUUAUUUUAGUUUUUUUACGGUUUUGGACCGAUACCAGAAGCGGCGGCUUUAGGUUCUACAGACGGGAACCCA